AUGCUAGCGGAAAUCGGCAGAGCCAUCACAGCAUCCGUCCGAAUGUCCUCACCCGACUCGACCGGCGGCGCAUUCAAAGUCUCUACCCAGACCUCCAAUGGCCCAGUGCACGUCCACUUCGUCGAUUCUCCUGUGGACACGUAUCUGGACUUCUCAGCAAGGACGUCUAAUGCACCCGCCGGGGCGUCCUUGCAUCGUGCCUAUGAGGGAUCGUUCAGCCUCCACACCACGCAUAAAGCGCCGGUCCUGCAUAUCAGCGAGCAUGCUGAGGACCCUUCUGGAAGAGCUCGCGGUAGGAAUGUCACAUCUUCCCGUUGGAGAAGCGGCCUGGAGGGAAGCGUAGCAUGGGGAAACCCACCUUAUGACCAGCCGUUGGGCUCUGCUUCUGUGCAGAGCACCAAUUCUGCAGUCACUUUGGAGUUGCAAUGA